AUGUCGGCCAAAGUCCUCUUGUAUUUUUUGACACUCAUAUUUCUUAUAUUUCUCGUGACAUUUCUUCUGAAAAUCAAGUCUAAAUGUGAUCUGCUAAAGACGUCUGAUACAGAUGUUGUGUAUUUAGAACUGCAGACGUUCCACAAUUAUAUCAAACAAUUUAAUAAAACAUAUUCUGCGCAGGAAUAUAAGGAAAGAUUGGACAAUUUUAAGGCAUCUUUAGAAGAAAUUGCUCGUCUGAACGCCCUUGAAAAGGAUGCUGUUUUUGGACUGACCAAAUUUUCUGAUAUGUCUGCGCAAGAGUUUGAAGAAAAGAUGUUGAUGAAACGUUCGAGUGGUAAUUGUGUAUCAUAUAACAGUUUAUGUUUUGAAACAUCAUAUAAUGCAAGUCUUGAUUCUUCUACGCCGUUGUCUAAAAUAGAAGACAAAAUUGACUGGAGGGAAAAAGGAGUAAUAGGGCCUGUCCAAGAUCAGAGACAUUGUAAAGGAUGCUGGGCAGUCGGUUUAGCAGGUGUAAUGGAAUCCAUGGCAAACAUUAAAAGGAAAUCAAACCAAGUUUUAAGCAUUCAAGAAAUUCUCGACUGUUUGGUAGACAAGAACCAGGAUGGAUGCAAUGGUGGUAACGUAGCCUCGUCUCUUGUCAUUUUAUGUAAUGAGCACCAGAAUGUCGUUACGGCAGAGAGAUACCCUUUUACUUUAAAAAGAGAGAAAUGUAAGCUGCGUAAGAAAGAUAAAGGGGUGAAACUUAAAAGCUUUGUGUACAGAUGUAUAAGACAGACAUCUGUAAGAAAAUCAGAAGAAAACAUGCAGAGAGAUUUAAUGAACGGCCCUGUGACUGCUGUGGUGAAUGCUGCAAUCUGGCGUUUUUAUUUAGGAGGUAUUAUAAGAAGGGCGUGUGUCAGAAGUGACUCAAGUUCCGACCACGUUAUCCAGGUGGUGGGGUUUGACCGCACCAGUGAGGUACCCCAUUAUAUACUGAAAAACUCAUGGGGAGAAUCGUUCGGUGAUCACGGUUACGUAAAGAUAGAAAUGUAUAAGAAUAUGUGUGGGAUUGCAGAGGAAGUAGGCAUUAUUGAUGUAUUAUAA